CACACUACACAAUGCGGCGACCGCAUCUGCAUUUGGCAUGCUCUUCUCCCUCUUCCGUUCCUUUCCCUCCCAUCCACGCCCCCAAAUCACUACCAAUCUCAAGGUAAAAUGCACUCUCCCUCUCCCUCUCCCUCUCCUUCUCCUUUCUCGCUUCUCCCGCACCUUCGCUCGAACCCUAGACUCACCGAUGAUGCCGCCGCCGCUUGCAGCCGCCGCGCUCGCGCCGCCGCCUCCUCCUCCUCCGCCGCCGCCGCCGCCGCCGCAAUCGAGGUGCGCGGCGUGAGCUUCGCCGUGAACGCGAAGCGCGGGAGGGCGCUCGUCCCCAUCCUCAGGGAUUGCUCGCUCCGCGUCCCUCCCGGCGAGCUCUGGAUGCUUCUCGGCCCCAAUGGCUGCGGCAAGUCCACCCUUCUCAAGGUGUUGGCAGGUCUUCUAGAGCCAACUGAAGGAACAGUGCUUGUAAAUAGGCCAUGCAGCUUCGUCUUUCAGAAUCCUGAUCACCAGGUGGUGAUGCCCACUGUGGAAGCAGAUGUUGCAUUUGGUCUUGGUAAGUUCAAGCUUUCACUAGAUGAAGUUAAAGCAAGAGUAUCGAAAGCUUUAGACGCCGUCGGCAUGUUGGACUACUCACAAAGGCCAAUUCAAACUCUCAGUGGGGGUCAGAAACAAAGAGUUGCAAUUGCAGGUGCCUUAGCCGAAGCAUGUAAAGUGCUAUUACUAGACGAGCUGACCACAUUUUUGGAUGAAUAUGACCAGAUAGGUGUAAUAAAGGCGGUGAAGAACUCCGUGGCUGGUUCUGGCGAAGUUGCUGCACUAUGGGUGACACAUCGCUUAGAAGAACUUAAAUAUGCUGAUGGUGCUAUUUACAUGGAAGAAGGGCAAAUUGUGAUCCAUGGAGAUGUUGCUAGCAUCUCCAAAUUUCUGAAAGAGAAACAAGCUCGCUAUAGGGAUUUCCUUAAUCUUUAGGUCUCUUCUCGAGUGGCUCCUACAACACAUUGUUUUGUUGUUCACAGGCCAUCACGCAGAUAGAAAGAUAUGCUGUAUAUUUUGUUGCAAGAAUCCAAGUGAAUGUUCUGAUCCAUGAGAUUAUAAUUUAUUGUUCUUAAUUUUUGUUGAGAAAUCUUAACAUUCACGUUAAUUUAUUUUAUUUUUAAAAAAUAAUUUACAGUAGUAUGUUACCCAUUCUAGGUAUGGGAUCAUACUUCUGUCUCUUGUAUGUCA